UGCAGCAAAUGGCCACAAAGGUACAGAGCUCCAUAAAUGGAUGGAGGGGCCAGUUCUGUGGUGACCAUAUGUCCUCCACAAAUGCUGCGGUUAUACAGAGAGCCUUCUUGGAAAUUAUAGAUGAGAUUAGGGAGGAAUUUCCAAACCUAUUGAGGCUGACACGUUCAAACCAGACGUUUGUCUGCAAAACUGGGGCGAGCCUCAGGAGCAGAGUGCUGCAGGGGGAACUAUGCAAAAAUCAUGACAACCACCUCUUCCUCCUCCUCCUUUCAUGGAAGAAGCCCUUCUGGCCCUGGAGCGGUCAACCUGGAUCCAACGAUUUAUAUAUGCUAAAGGAAACAGAUCGCAGUGUUCAGAAAUCUGAGUCAGUUACCACCAGGGUAUUCUAUUCAGCUCAUGGAGCUCUCAUUAUGAAUGGGCUAACUACACUAUCCCAGUCUUCAAACUCCAUUGCAAAAAGCUUGCAGCCGCAGCUUGCUAGAAAAUUAACAGAGCUAAAUAUCUUAUCACACCGUCUUUUGAAAACAUUGAACACUCCCAAACAGCCUUUGUAUAGGAUGAAGGACAAGAAAGUCUUCUUUUAUGAUAUCAUUUCCUACCCAGCAAAGACUGCCCUUACCAGCGUAAUGUGCGCUUCUUAUGCAGCACUAAUUUUUCUGGCAGUCUCCAUUAACAAAUUGCUGGCAAAAAUAAAAGACAUCAUCCAAACAGAAGAGGCUUCUAGGGAAAGCAGCAGUGAAGAUGUGGAUGAAAGUGGAUUUCCCAGAGCCACUGAAGCAACGUCCCCCCUUCAGCAAGAAUCUUCAGUGUUUCCUAUUAAAGCAUCACACAAUGGUGGAAGCAUCCAUACUCUACUUUCAGCAAUGGAUCAAGAAAGUGAAUAAUGGUUCUUUUUACGUAGAAUAGGCACAGCUCUGGCUUUUCCGCCUUUAUGCACACUGUUUUAUUAAAUACACAAAUAUAUGAAAAUAGUUCUCAUUUUCCAUUCAGGAAAUGCCAAUCUUUUUAUAUGCUUUGGGGGGGCGCAAAGCAUUCAGAAGAUACGUUUUGCAAAGGCAGAAGCUCAAAUGCAUCUUUUUCCACAUUUGACAAGGCCAAUGCAACUUUUGUAAGCUUUGGCACGGCUGCUUUAAAAGCUGCCGUAUGAGGAAAAAGCCCUGAUUUAUGAAUAAAUGACAUGGCACAUCUCACAUAAAGGUUUCAGAAAGCUUUCUCUCGAAAGAAUAAUAUUAUGAAAUAAAAAGGUACAUUA